UUUUAUAAAGAUGGAGUUUAUUAAAGAGGAGAGUGAAGAUGUGAGGAUUGAAGAAACAUUCAGAGUCAAACAAGAAGAUACUGAGACACAAACGGACCUGAUGCUGCUGAAAGAAGAGAAUGAAGUACUGAAUGAAAUGGAAGAGAAAACUCCGUAUGAGCAACAUCUUGAUUUCAUAGCUGGAGAAAAAUCUUUUAUUUGCUCACAGACUCAAAAGUCCAAAAAAAAGGGUUCUUCUCAAAAAAGAGCCCAAAUUACAGGAACUAGAAGUUAUUUCACCUGCCAAUUGUGUGGAAAAAGUUUCAAUAGAAAAGAAAGCUUUAAAGUCCACAUGAGAAUUCACACUGGAGAGAAGCCUUUCACCUGCCAACAGUGUGGAAAAAGUUUCACUCAAAAAGUAAGCCUUACAGUCCAUAUGGGAAUUCACACUAAAGCGAGCCCUUUCACCUGCAAACAGUGCGGAAAUAGUUUCACUCAGAAAGGAAGCCUUAAAGUCCACAUGCGAAUUCACACUGGAGAGAGCUCUUUCACCUGCCAACAGUGUGGAAAAUGUUUCAUUCGAAAAGGAGGCCUUAAAAGCCACAUGAGUGUUCACACUGGAGAGAAGCCUUACACCUGCAAACUAUGUGGAAAGAGUUUUACACAUAAAAAAUCUCUUAAUUCCCAUAUAAAAAUUCACACUGGAGAGAGCUCGUUCACUUGCAAACUGUGUGAGAGGAGCUUCUCGCGAAAAGAAAGUCUUAAGAAACACAUGAACAUUCACACUGGAGAGAAGCCGUAUGUAUGUUAUCAGUGUGGAAAAAAUUUCAGACAAAAACCAACUCUUAGUACCCACAUGAGAGGUCACACUGGAGAGAAGCCUUAUACCUGCAAUCUGUGUGGAAAGAGCUUCUCACAAAAAGGAAAUCUUACGAUUCAUAUGAGAAUUCACACAGGAGAAAAGCCAUUUGUAUGUGUUCAAUGUGGCAAGAGUUACAGAAGUAAAGUAAACCUUAAUUGCCACAUGAAGAUUCACUCGUGAAAACUGUUCUAAAUGUCUUCAGUGUGGAAAGAGUUUCAGAUACAGGUAACACCUCACACCAGAGAGAAAGCUUUCAGCUGCCCUCAGUGUGGAAAGAGUUUCACACUUGCUCCUCGUGGCUGCCGGCUUCACCCGGCCUCCUGGCUCUGCCCCCUCCACUGAUUCCAUCCGGGUUCCUGGCUCUGUCGAUUUCGCCCAGCUCCUCGGCUCCUUCCCUGCUAGCUACACCCAACCUUCAGGCUCUGGAGGCCUCGGGCUUCCCAGCUCUAUGGGACUCUGGGACUGUUUUUAAUGUGGAAUUAUAAAUUAACACAAGAAUACUCUACUAUUUGGUAACAAACACUUGAACAGUUCGCUUUAAAUUCAAAUAUUACUAAAUAAUAAAGGAACAUGAUUUAAAAGCAACAGGACAUGGUAAAAUCAGGAAUUACAGAUAAGAACACAAGUGUCAACUGG